UAAUAAUAGUUAAAUCAAUUAAGAACAAAGUAUGCGAAGUUGAAGUUAUGUUUGGGUGGCGCGCAUGUAUAUAAGGAAGAUGACGAGCGGUGACCAACGCCAUCGUAACAGCUCGCAAACCGAACCGUUCCGUUGGGUUGUUUCUUCCGGAACCCACCCUGACUCGCCGUGUUGACUCGCUCGAGUUUGGGGGUUUCUGAUUCGCCAACGAACGGAUCUGAAUUUUGUAUAAGUUAUCAUCUUUAGCUGCAUCGUGUCACGCUCCUCAGAACACCCGUCAGCUCAGUUUACUGGAAAAGCAAAGGGCCAUAUCACAAUGAAGGCGCUGAUCUUGGUUGGAGGGUUUGGAACAAGGCUGAGGCCUUUGACACUCAGUGUUCCUAAGCCUCUUGUUGAUUUUGCUAACAAGCCCAUGAUUUUGCAUCAGAUAGAGGCUCUUAAGGCCACUGGAGUUAGUGAAGUGGUGCUGGCUAUCAAUUACCAACCAGAGGUGAUGUUGAAUUUCUUGAAGGAUUUUGAAGCAAAGCUCGGCAUCAAAAUCACUUGUUCUCAAGAAACUGAACCACUGGGGACUGCAGGUCCCUUGGCUCUUGCCAGGGAUAAGCUGAUAGAUGACUCUGGAGAGCCAUUUUUUGUUCUCAACAGUGAUGUUAUCAGUGAGUACCCGCUUAAAGAAAUGAUUGAAUUCCACAAAGCCCAUGGAGGGGAGGCUUCCAUAAUGGUGACAAAGGUUGAUGAGCCAUCAAAAUAUGGUGUGGUUGUGAUGGAGGAGACCACCGGGCAGGUUGAGAAAUUUGUAGAAAAACCCAAGUUGUUUGUUGGUAACAAAAUCAAUGCUGGAAUCUACCUAUUGAACCCCUCAGUUUUGGAUCGAAUUGAACUGAGGCCCACUUCCAUCGAGAAAGAGGUGUUUCCAAAUAUUGCAGCUGAGAAAAAGCUCUAUGCAAUGGUCCUGCCAGGAUUCUGGAUGGAUAUUGGACAACCAAGGGAUUAUAUUUCUGGCCUGACACUCUACCUGGACUCACUGAGGAAAAAGACUCCUUCUAUGUUGGCCAGUGGCCCUCACAUUGUGGGGAAUGUCCUUGUGCACGAGACUGCCAAAAUUGGCGAGGGAUGUCUCAUUGGACCUGAUGUUGCAAUCGGUCCUGGCUGUAUUGUUGAGUCAGGGGUCAGGCUUUCACGCUGCACAGUGAUGCGAGGAGUUCGGAUUAAAAGUCAUUCUUGCAUAUCAAGCAGCAUCAUCGGGUGGCAUUCCACUGUUGGGCAAUGGGCUCGUGUGGAGAAUAUGACUAUCCUUGGAGAAGAUGUACAUGUAUGUGAUGAAGUUUACAGCAACGGUGGUGUGGUUUUGCCCCACAAGGAGAUCAAAUCAAGCAUUCUGAAGCCAGAGAUAGUCAUGUGAGGUUAAUGUCUUCUAAAUUCUUAGCAUGUGAUUAGGAAGUAGUAAGUUCUUGAGUCUGAAAUAUGAGUGCUGCCAUAAUUUACUAUGUUGAAAGGUCAGUUCUUUUGUAAAGGGCUUAAGUUUGGUCUUCUGUUCCCAA